UUAAGUUUUUUUGUAUGCCAUGGCCCUUAACCUCAACGAUUAAUACGAUUAAUAUCUCAGUUCGCGGGACAGAACGAAUUUUUUUCUGCCAAAUUUAUUAUCAUCAUUAAUUUUAUGCAAAAACGCAUCGAAUAAGUUAAUUUCAUUGACUUGUGUGCAAGCCCAUCUCCUUUUAAACUUGAUAUGGAGUCUGCCAGUCUGUUGACGGAAUUAGCUGAUAAACGGAACGUUCGUGUUAAGGAGAAUGUUUGCGAGAUCUUGGAAUUGGCUGGGAUUAAAGAGUCUGAUUUAAAUACUAUGACACAAUGUCUAUAUUCUAUGCAAGAUCAAGUCAAUGAUAUGAUAUUAUUGGAAGUAGACGAGGAUAUAUUAAAGGGACUAAAUCAGGAAGAUGCUAGACUAUCAUUUCGCGGUAAUAAACAUGACAACACUAUGCUAUGUACACAAACUCGUACCUAUGAGGUCAGAGAGGCAGAGAUAUCAAAUUCAUGGUUGUUGGUACCAAACCUAAAGCUGGGUAAGGCAACAGAUAUCAAAGAAGUUGCAGAAAGAACUAUAGAGAGACAUAAUGUAAAGAAGAUAUUUAACUUAUACUAUGAGGUGAAAGAAACCAAACCUGAUCUGAUACGUUUAUCGAGUCUGCUUAAUUCUUCUUCUUUCAAUGGAUUGGAAUACGAAUCUACUAUAGAUCAAAAUGCAUUAUACAGUUGGGAAAGAUUACAAAAUGAGUUACAAGCUAGUGAUGAAGAGUUGAAACAGGCUCUGUCGGAUUUCUUAAUAGCUGAAAUAAAUGGUUAUUUACGUCUCGUAUCAUUUGACAUAGAAGCAAGAAGCUUGAAUUUGAUAUUAGAUUAUUUUGAAGGACAGUCUUGGGAAUUAAAUGAAGUAGAUAAAGAGAGUACUUAUGAAUAUUCAAAGGAACUUAUUUAUGAGCCGGUAUUUGAUGUUAUAUUCAAAAGGUAUACAGAAGUAAGCACAAAGACAAAGGAUGACGGAAGUCUAUUGUAUAGGUUUGACGAAGAAAAAUGUUGUGCAGUGAUAGCAAAAAUUCUUCUUGCGGUUUCUCCUGUUACUGAAUAUAAAGAAUUCAUGAAAACGUGGAACAUUGGAACUCCUGAAAAAAUGCAGCCAAGAGAAGAAUAUUUACGUGGAUCAGCCCUUAUAAUGUAUAAUACUUCAAAAGUACAGAAGGAAGUCAUAUCUUGUCCAGAGGCAGACUUACCUAACAACAUUCACGAUAGACUUAACGAACUUUUUGAAAUUAAAGCUAAAUGGACUAUUGAAGAGAUAACACCUUAUAUUAUUCGUUUUACAAAAGGUAUAACGAAUGUUAAUGCACUUUUAACAAAGUAUGCCAGAUGUUCGACAAAAAAUGGGAUAAAAUAUUACGGGUCAAAACAUGGCAAGUGAUAUUGUGAUUACAUUUGUGGUAUGCAUUCAAUCGUCUUACAAUAAAUGAUACAUAUGUUCUUGAUUUAUUAUAUUGAUGCCAGAACACACAAAUAUUUCAGAAUUAUCUAUAAUGUUGAAACGAUAAGCGUAAUUUAUUUAGUUAGUGAUCAUCAUAUAUGUAUAGUUUUACAUUU